AGAGUAGUUCUAAUGGCCACCACUCCUCAAACCCAUACAAAAACCCAUCUUCCCUUUCUUCUAACCAGAACCUUCUUCUUCUUUCUCAAUCCCCAUCUCUUUAUAUUCUUCAAUUUCUCUCUCUAAUUUCAUCUCAAAACCUUAUUUCUCUCUCUUAAUACUCCUUCAAUGGCUUCCUCUGUUUUUGUCCUCCUCCUCUGUUUUCUCCUUUCUUCCCCUGUUUUCUCCUCACAACUUCUCCUUCUACCUCUCUCCCAUUCCUUAUCAUCCUCAAUAUCAGAUUUCAACAACACCCACAACCUCCUCAAAUCCACCGCCGCCCGCUCCUCCGCCCGUUUCCACCACCGCCGCCGUACUCAACACCACAACCACCUCUCUCUGCCCCUCUCCCCUGGCGGGGAUUACACUCUCUCCUUCAACCUCGGCUCUGAGUCUCAUAAAAUUUCCCUCUAUAUGGACACUGGCAGCGACCUCGUUUGGUUCCCCUGUUCCCCGUUUGAAUGCAUUCUUUGUGAAGGCAAACCAAAAGUUCAAUCCCCUCUCCCCAAAAUCUCAAAUAACAAAUCAGUUUCCUGCAGCGCCCCCGCCUGCUCCGCCGCCCACGGUGGAUCCCUCUCCGCUUCCCACCUCUGUGCAAUUUCUCAAUGUCCACUUGAAUCCAUUGAAAUUUCGGAGUGCUCCUCUUUUUCCUGUCCCCCGUUUUAUUACGCUUACGGCGAUGGGAGUUUAAUUGCUCGGCUUUAUAGAGAUAGCCUCAGUUUGCCGGCGCCGGCACCGUCACCGGCGAUUAAUGUUCGGAAUUUUACUUUUGGGUGUGCCCACACGGCGCUCGGCGAGCCGGUUGGGGUUGCUGGAUUCGGCCGGGGGACGUUGUCGAUGCCGAGUCAACUCGCCACUUUCUCACCCCAACUGGGGAACCGGUUUUCUUAUUGUUUGGUUUCUCACUCGUUUGCAGCGGAGCGAGUUCGCCGCCCGAGUCCGCUGAUUCUCGGCCGGUACUACGGCGGCGAAACGGAGUUCAUUUACACUUCCUUGCUUGAGAAUCCAAAGCAUCCUUAUUUUUACUCUGUUGGGUUGACCGGAAUUUCAGUCGGGAAUAUGAUGAUUCCGGCGCCGGAGUUUUUGAAAAAAGUGGACGAGGGUGGUAGCGGCGGCGUUGUGGUGGAUUCCGGCACUACUUUUACUAUGUUGCCAGCAGGUUUGUAUGACUCGGUGGUGGCUGCGUUUGAGAAUCGGACCGGAAGAGUUGCGAACCGGGCGAGACGGAUUGAAGAAAAUACCGGGUUGAGUCCUUGCUAUUACUACGAGAACUCAGUUGAAGUGCCACGUGUCGUGUUGCAUUUUGUUGGGGAAAAAUCUAGUGUGCUGCUUCCUAAGAAGAAUUAUUUCUACGAGUUUUUGGACGGUGGAGAUGGGGUUGGGAAGAAGAGAAAAGUUGGUUGUUUGAUGCUGAUGAACGGUGGGGAUGAGGCUGAGCUGGCAGGUGGGCCCGGGGCCACGCUUGGGAACUACCAACAACAGGGUUUUGAAGUGGCUUAUGAUUUGGCAAAGAAUCGGGUCGGGUUCGCCCGGCGGCAGUGCUCCACUCUUUGGGACAGCUUGAACCGGAGUUAGUGUGAACCGUGGGCCAGGUGGGGGACUUGAGAGUUGACCAAUGAAUGGUUUUGACUUGUGACUGUUGUCAGCGGUCAACGCUUUGGGGGUAAAUAAGGUAUUUUCAGGUUUGAAGGGGGCUUUUUCUGUAAAUUCAUAUGAGCACUUCACUUCUUGCUUCAAUAUUAAUUUUAUUUUCUAGUUGAAAUUUGUAUAUGAAAAGUGUUCAAAAUAUUAGCAAAGAAAAAGAAUGUAUAGCUCAAUUUUUAUGCAUGAAGCAAGGAAUGAAGUGCUUGCUUUUUAACAAGUUAAAGAAUAGAGGUAAUAAGUUAAUAAUGUAGAGAGAAAUCAAAGGAGAAUAAUUAUAAAAAUUCAUAAAUCAAAA